AUGGGAAAUCCCCAGCUCUGGCUGGCAAGGAUUCCCGGAGAUAGCAACCCAACGCCAGCAGAUGUUGCUAGACAAAUAAAAACAAAUUUGGAUGGCAAUUUUGACCUGAAUUUAUUUGAUGAUUUUCAUUUAUUUACUGCACUGAAUGAAUACACAGAACAAAAUCCUGACUUUAUUACUGUCCUAAAAGAAUUUGAGAGUUCAGUUAAAAAUGAUACAAUUGAGUUAAAUUUAGAUGAUUAUGUUGAUUACUUUGAUGAUUGCAGCUUGCAUCAAAUUUAUAGAGAUAUUAUAGGCAAAAUUUCAAUGAAUUCUGAAAGCUCUAACAUAGGAAAUGAUGAGAUGGAUGAAUUAGACCCGAAUAAUACCAAAUUUAAUUUGAUAGAAUUUGUAUGUAAUGAUAAAAGAAAUGUCGUAAAAAAUGAACAGAUAUUGAAAUAUGACAAUUUAGAUGCUAGUGAUAAAACAAAAUGUAUUUUACAAGAAAAUGAUUUUCAAUUGACUUCUCAAUCUAACAUAACAUCAAAUAAAUUAAAUAGUGUUGAAAAUAUAAAUUGUUUAUCUAAUUCUUCAAAAUCUGCAAGAUCAGAUAUGGAAAAUAAGAAGUUGCAUGAAAAAGAAUCCAACACUCUUCAUAAACCCAUUUGUUUAAAAAACUUAGUAAAUUCAGAUGUUACUGAUAUUUCUGAUGAGGAAGUUGAUGUUAUUACAGUAGAUGAAAAUACAAUCAAUUUUUUAGAAAAUUUUAAGCUAUCUAUGAGGAAGCCUUCAAUGAAGAAAUUUUGAAGAUGAAAAAUGAAAAUUCUGAACCAGCAAGGAGCAAAUUGUAAAUAAAGGAAAGUCAAAAUGUAUAUUAUUGUAGAUGUAAAUCAAAAGCAAUAGUAAAGUUAAAGCAAUACUUCAAGUCUUUUUUUUUUUUUCCUUUUUUUUUGUUUGUUUUAGAUGCUAAAAUUCACAUCUUCCUCUCACUUUCCAGCAAUUUACUGAUUAAAAACGAACAUUUUUGGCUACUCUCAUUGACCUAUGUCAGGUUAAGCAGAAUUCUGUAUUGAAUGUUUAUAGCAGAUUUGAAGUUUGGAAUAACACUGGUUUUCUUUGAUAUAAUUGUCUUGAAUUAAAAUAUAUUAAAUUGGGGGUGCUUCUGUCUGCCGAAGCUGCUGGCGCGUUUUUUUACUCACUUCAAAUUCAGGUAAAGAACGUAUCCUAUCAAAUAAUUUUACGUUAAAAUUUUUACUGUUUGUGCUGUGUGUUAACAUUAUAAUUGUUGGAAAAUCUAUCAAUAUAAUUAACAUGCAACGCUCGCCAAUUAAAAGAGGAAGACCACCACUUCAAAAGUCUAAAUCAACUAGUAGAAAGGAAUCUGCUUUGACCACUAAUACUAGGUUAAUUACUGACUACAAUUUACUUGUUGAAAGAACUUCUCCUGAACCAUCCUCUGCAAAUGCAGGUUCGAACCCUGAAACUACACUUCUAAGUUCACAACUAUCAGGUGAGCCAUUUGAUUUUUUAUCUUCUUCACCAGGAAAAAAUUCAUCUGAUAUAUCAAGUAUUACACUAUGGAAUAAAAUUUCUGAAUUAAUUAAUGUUUCUAAUACGAGAAUAUUAAGUCAAAUGUCUAUUAUCAAAGAAGAUUUGGACCAGAUUCGUAAUAGUAUCCAAGAAUCUAAAGACCAGAAUCAAAAAAUGAAUAGUCAAAUAAUUAAUCUUGAACAACAAAUUGCUAAUUUGAAAAUAGAAAAUGAAAGUAUGCAAUAUCGAAUGGACAAUAUGGUUAACGUGCAGCAUCGCAAUAAUAUAAUGUUAUAUAGAUAUCCCAGUAAAACUUGUCCUACCAAGUUAGAAGUGUUUAAUCUUAUUAAUGAAUCAUUAGAAUUACAUGAAGUUACAAUGGAUGAUUUAAUAGCGAUUAUUCCAAUAACUAAAUCACAGUAUCCAACAAUUAAAUUAAUUAUUAAAAAUACUCAAAUAAGAGAUUACAUAUAUUCGAGUUUUAUAAAAAUGAAACAGCAAAACCUAUCGAACGUAUGGAAAGAAACUCAAAUUUCACAGGACCUUAUAAAAAGAUCUAGAUUAAGACGUAAACAAUUAAUUCCUUUUUUGAGCGAAUUAAGGAAAGCAGGUAAAUAUCCAAAACUCCGAGGUGAUACUAUACUGUUUGGCAAUUAUUCUUUGACGUAUAGCUAUGUGUUGGAGGGGCUGGUAUACUUGGAUUCUUUUACCCCGUAUUCCGCUUCUGAGAUCACUCCGCAAUGACAUAUGAUCAAUUUAAACACUCCUAUUUAAGACUUACGUUUUGUGGUGACUCAAUUAUUAAGUCCCUUGCUUGCUGCACGUAAUAAUAAUGAAAGUUUAUAUGAUAUUGCGUCCAAUCAAAAAGACUCCCAUUUUGUAAUAAAUAACUGGAACUCCUAAGGUCUUAAGUGAUGUUAAACAGAAUAAAAUGGGUCAUGACCUUUUAAAAAUAAUGACUUAAGCUCAACUAUAUAUUCUUAAUAGCAGUAUUGAAAAGGUAUAUUCUUUUGCAUUUACUUGUGUAUUCACUUCGGGAAGUUCUACAAUUGAUCUGUUUAUAUGCUUAGAAUUUCUAGUAGAUUAAGUUCGGAAAUUCAAGUACUAAAUUGUGACUUAUCGGAUUAUUUUCCUGUUAGUUCUCACUUUGGAUUGAAAGAUUCAUAUCAUAUUAAUUAUAUUAUAUCGAAGAAUAUGAUAACUGACUAUCAAUAUUAAUGAUAUCAAGAAUAAGUCAGUGAUAGGAUGAGCUGUUUAUUGGUUGAGAGAUUAACUGAAGAUAUUGAAAAAUAUACUAAGUUUGUAAAUAUAAUAAAAGAAUAUGAUAAAACAAGAUAGAAUAGAAAUUCGAAAUUAUUAGGAUCAAAAAACUAUGGUAUGAUUCAGAUUAUAUGAAUUUAAGAAUGAAAAUAACUAAAGCAUUACUUCAGUUUAAAAAAAAAAAAAAUUAUCAACGGCAUUCAGUCAAUAUCGUUAAGCCAAAAAUCUAUUUCAAUUUAUUAAAAAUUAAGAAUUCAAAUUAAUUUACAGAAAUUACAGUUUCUCCUAUGCCUAUAUAAAAAUUUCUUUCAAUGAAAGUUUAGAUAUUCCAAUAUCUACUGAAGAACUGGAUUUAUCAAUUCGUAAAUUAAAAACGAAAACAGCUCCUGGAAUGGAUAUAAUUACCACUAAAUUUAUUAAACUUCUUUUGCCAGCGGAUAGGCGAGUUCUACUUGAUUUUUAUAAUCAUUUUUAUAAAACAUUUAUUAUAUUCUCACUGAGUGUCCAAAGAAUGAAGAAGCGCAAUGUAAAUUUAAAUUAAAAGAGUUUUUUGAUUUAAAUUAAGAAG